AUGUCUGACGUUGCCGAGACCAAGCCUGACCAGGCUCCUGUGGCUGACCAGGCCCAGACCAGCACCGGCGAGAAGACCACCACCGAGACCGCCACUGAGAAGGCCACCGAGGCUGCCGAGACUGUCAAGGAGGCUGCUGUGAAGACUACCGAUAACGUCUUCUCCAUGUUCGGUGGAGGCCCCAAGAAGGAGGAGAAGAAGGAGGACGAGGAGGAGAACGACCGCUCUGGCUCCGCCAAGGCUCAGAAGGCCGAGAAGAAGGAUGACGAGAAGGAGGAAGAUGUCGAAGCUGACAAGGUUGUCGCCGAUGCUAGCUGGGUGAAGACGGAAUUGAAGGAGGUCGUUGAGACCAAGACCCACGAGGAGCUUGAGGAGCAGGUGUUCAAGAUGCGCGCCAAGCUCUUCAAGUUCGACCCCGAGUCCAAGGAGUGGAAGGAGCGUGGUACUGGUGAUGUCCGCCUGUUGAAGCACAAGGAGAACCAGAAGACUCGCCUGGUCAUGCGCCGGGACAAGACCCUCAAGGUCUGCGCCAACCACUACGUCGUCCCCGAGAUGAAGUUGAGCCCCAAUGUCGGUAGCGACCGCAGCUGGGUGUGGAACACCACCGCCGAUGUCUCCGAGGGUGAGCCUGAGAAGCAGACUCUGGCCAUCCGCUUUGCCAACAGCGAGAAUGCCAACUUGUUCAAGGAGGCAUUCGAGAAGGCCCAGGAGGAGAACGAGAAGCUUUUCAAGGCCGAGUAA